GAUUUGGUGAGGAAAUCUGGUCGGAUCUUGCUUUGUGGGAUGUGGAUUUUGGUGGGUCUUUGUUUGCAGUACAAAGCUAUUCAUCUCUUCUGCCACAUUCUUCUCUUUCAAAACCCCACCUAAAUCGACUUCUCCGCUUCCAUUUCUCUCAAAAAUCCCCUUCUUCUUACACCUUCACUUCUUUUUCUCUGCUAUGGGAUCUUCUGUUGCUGCAAUGGGCAUGGUUUCCGACUCCAAAUUCCAUGUUCUUGCUGUUGAUGACAGCGUCAUCGAUCGGAAAUUGAUUGAGCGUCUCCUUAAAACCUCCUCUUUUCAAGUAACUACGGUUGAUUCUGGGAGUAAGGCUUUGGAGUUUUUGGGGUAUGAUCCUGGAAAUAACUCGAUUCCCUAUGUUUCUCCUAACCACCACCACCACCACCACCACCACCACCAUCAUCAUCAUCAUCAUCUUCAGGAAGUGGAUGUGAAUCUUGUUAUUACUGAUUACUGUAUGCCUGGGAUGACUGGCUAUGAUUUGUUGAAGAAGAUCAAGGGGUCCAAGGCUCUGAGAAACAUACCUGUUGUGAUUAUGUCAUCUGAGAAUGUACCUGCAAGAAUCAAUAGAUGUUUAGAAGAAGGAGCAGAAGAGUUCUUCUUGAAACCGGUCCGACUUUCGGACGUCAACAGGCUUAAACCCCACAUGUUGAAAACCAAACUCAAAUGUGGCAAACCAGAAAGAACAGAGGAAGAUGAGCCUGAUUCAGGAAGCCAAUCCCAAGCACCAGAGCAACAACAUCAUGAACAACAAGAACAAUUGCAAUCGCAGCAGGUGCCAACACCGCUGCAAGAUCAAGAUCAAGAUCAAUUGCCAUCCGUGCCAGUGUUACCAACGCCGCAACAGGAGCAAGAACAGUUGCAAUUGCUCCCGCCAACACCUCCGCAACAAUCGAACAACAACAACAACAACAAGAGGAAGGCAAUGGAAGAUGGACUUUCACCAGAUAGAACAAGGCGUAGAUACAAUGGUAUUACAACCAUGGUGUAGUGAAUAAUGGGAAAUCUUUCCUUUUCUUUUUUUUAACAUUUGAUUUGAUUUUUAUCUCUUUCUUCCCAUCUUGAUGAUGCUGGUUAAUACAGGCUCUCAGUAGGAAUGUAGAGAUCAGAAUGGUUUUCCUGUAUACAUAUCUCUCAUGGAAAUAUUCCCUUCCCAAUUUUGUCAACCUAAUCAAAAUCAUAACAAAAAUUAAAAGCA